AAGGAAGAAAAAGGUCGAGGGAGGAGAGUGGUGAAGGUCUUAGUCCAUUAAUGAGCAUGCUGCAGUCAGAUAGAAACGACACGUGAUAUCAAGAAGAAGAAAUAAGAACAAAGCUUGAAUCCAUUCCGAUUCUCACGUCGGCGGCUUUCCUUUAUAAUUUAAUUUGGGCUGCGUUUCUUUUGAUCUUUUAGUUUCACCGUUUUCUUGGCUAUGCCCUUUUCCUUUUGCUCCAAAUGAUUACGGCCCACUUGUGGAAUUAAUGCCAUUAACCACCAGGAUCAUCUCUUAUAACGCUGUUUUGGGAGCUCUUCUUCUUCUGGGUUCGCUUCCUUUACUGUUUGCUUUUACUCUCUGUGCUUUCCUCCAUUGCAAACCAAGCUUCCUUUACAAUACCCACCAACCAUUUUCACCCUUUAUAUCCUCUCCAGUUAUCUUAUUCAAUCUCUUUCUCUCUCUAGGGAUUAGAUUUUUGUCUGUGUGUGCCCUUCUCCUCUUCCAUCUUCUAUUUUAUCAUUCUCACAAUUUCCCAUUGGCCCACUAUCCCUGCUUCUUUAUUGCUCCUUUUUCUACCAUGUCUCUCUGGGGGCUCUGGAUUUGUUGGGUUUGAGUUAUUUCAGACCAACAUUUUGGCAUUUCCCCCAUGCCUUUUGGGGCUCUAUUGGCUAUCCACGCUUUGCUUUCUUUCCCUUUCUGGGUUCCUGGAGGAACGCCGAAAUCUGGGUCUAUCUUCGAUUGCUUCAUCAGAUGGGUUUGUGAAAUUUGAUAAGAACUUGAGGUUGAACUUGAAAUUCAGUGUUGGGUGAAUCAGAUAUGGCGUCUGGGAAUUCAUUGAAUGAUCAUUUAUCCAAGAGGACUUCAUUUUGGGGGUUGUCGUUGUGGGUUUUGAUCUGUAUUUGUAUUGGUGCAUUCAUAGUUUUGAUUCUUGGCUUAUUAUCUAUUUGGAUCUUGUUUAGAAAAAAAUCUAAACGAUCCAUGGAUAAAUUCCCCAUGUCCCAGAUACCUAAUUUUUCAAAAGAUAUCAGGAUAGACCAGGUUGGGGCUCAAACUCAAACUCAAACUCAAACUCCCAAUGACCACCCCGAAAAUCGACUUCUUUCGGUUGAUAUCAAAAGGAAUGAUGAAAACUCUGAAGUUAUGGCUGUGACAAAAUCAACUGAGCCUGAUAAUAACAGCCAAGGCAGUUCGAAUUAUCGACACGAAAAAGCAGGCAAUUCACAAUCAGGGGAAGAAGGAAGCUCUGGAAAAGCUAGAUCGUACGGAGGAAUUGUGCCACCGUCGCCUCUCGUAGGCUUGCCAGAAGUUUCACAUCUUGGAUGGGGUCACUGGUUCACUCUCAGGGAUCUACAGCUUGCAACGAAUCGUUUUUCGUCCGAAAAUAUUCUUGGAGAGGGAGGAUAUGGGGUUGUAUAUAAAGGCAGACUCAUCAAUGACACUGAAGUUGCCGUGAAAAAGCUUCUCAAUAAUCUGGGUCAGGCAGAGAAAGAAUUUCGAGUCGAAGUGGAGGCUAUUGGCCAUGUUCGACAUAAGAAUCUCGUUCGAUUGCUCGGUUAUUGCAUAGAAGGCGUUCAUAGGAUGCUAGUCUAUGAAUAUGUGAACAAUGGCAAUCUAGAACAGUGGCUACAUGGAGCCAUGAGCCAACACGGCACGCUUACGUGGGAGGCUCGUAUGAAGGUGCUUCUUGGCACUGCGAAGGCGCUUGCGUAUUUACACGAAGCAAUCGAGCCAAAAGUUGUUCAUAGAGAUAUAAAAUCAAGCAACAUUUUGAUCGAUGAUGAGUUCAAUGCCAAAGUUUCCGAUUUCGGAUUGGCCAAACUCUUGGACUCUGGGGAGAGUCAUAUUACAACUAGAGUUAUGGGAACAUUUGGGUACGUGGCACCUGAAUAUGCAAAUACCGGUUUGUUGAACGAAAAGAGUGACAUUUAUAGCUUCGGCGUUCUCUUGCUGGAAGCAAUUACAGGGAGAGACCCGGUGGAUUAUGCCCGUCCUUCUAAUGAGGUUAAUCUUGUUGAGUGGCUAAAGAUGAUGGUAGCAACAAGGAGAGCAGAGGAAGUUGUGGACAUGAAUCUUGACGUAAAGCCUACUACUCGAGCAUUGAAACGUGCCCUUCUCGUUGCACUUCGGUGUAUCGAUCCCGAAUCAAUCAAGAGACCCAAGAUGAGUCAAGUUGUAAGGAUGCUGGAAGCCGAUGAAUUUCCACUUCACGAGGAUAGAAGAAACCGAAAAAGCCGAUCGAUAAGCUUGGAGAUCGAGCCGUUGAACGAAAUAUCAGGUUGUGAUCAGAUGGGUGGGGCAUCAGAGACAAGCCAUGGAGGAUAGAAGUGAGAAACGCAUGAGCAUGGGAAAUGAUUGCACCUCCCAUGCUCUCCAUGUUCAUGUCAACAAAAAGAAAGCUGUUUUUUUUUUCUAGAGAGAUCUGAAUUGAUGGUGGUCGAUCGAGCUUCUGGUGUUUGCUCACACAGACAAAAGGGUUUGAGAGAGAGAGAGAGAGAUUGUACAGACUUGUCUGAAGGACCACCUGACAUGGCCCACCUGUCUUGUCUUUAAUUUACAUCAUUCUAAUUUCCUCCUC